CCUGUUAUUCAGAAAUUUGGAUUUGCUCUCUCGGGUUGGAUAAUUCUCAUCUUAACAGGCAUUUGUGCGGUGUUAUCAGGGUUUCUACCCAAUACCCGAGAUCUCUGGUAUAAUCCAGGUACCAAAGGGAAGAAAUCCCAGCAGUACGACAAGGACACGAGACAGAAUCUCCUCUCUGUCUCCUCAGCAAGCACGGAGAUUCCCUCAACUCACUCCAUCUCUCCAACGAGGAAGUCCUGCUGCCUCGCCCUCAAGCAGGCGUUCGCUUUUGUGACAGUACCAAUAGUCAUAGAGAUCAUCACAAAUUUGCUCGUUGGCAUGGUUGCAUUGACCGAUAUUCCCAUCUUAAAUCUCUACUUCAUUGGCAAUCCCUUCACAAUGACAAUUUCACAAGUCGGAUUGGCCAUUGGCCUUCGAACUAUUGGGUGUUCGGUUGUUUCUGGCCUCUUCGUGCUGUUCAACAUGUUCUACUUACAGCCCAGACUGGCUACACCAAACACACCAACAUCCAAAGCGUCCAAAUCACUCGGCAUUGAGGAUAGUGUCCCACAUCUCACCGACGCCGAAGUUGUCGCUGAAAAGAAGGCAAAGAUCCUAGAGGCUCGGCGUAUCAUGCUUUUUAGCCUCGGAGGCAUCUUCCUAGUCAUGGCUACGAGUCGGUUCUUCUACGGAAUCUCGAGCAACGUGGACAAACCCACGUGCUUCGUUCUGCUCUUCAUAGGUAUGACUCUGAACGCUUUCCAGUUUUAUGGACCUCUAGUGCGAGCUCUUCUGUCGGGCUUGGUGGCUUGUGAAGUGCAAGGUCUCCUGUAUGCCCUCGUUGGCUUCUCCGAUGCCUUGGGUUCAUUCAUAGGCUUGACUGCAUUACCAGCAUUGUUUGCCUCGACGGUAUUUAUGAAUGCUGGCUUUGUGUUCCACGUAGGGGCCCUCAUCCUCUCUCUGGCCUUCGUGCUUACCGCGUAUGUUUAA